GACUGACAUCUGAAUAUCAAAACAUACUCCAUCUUCAACUAUAACAUGUUUGGAUCUGGUACUGGUGCUCCUUCUGGUGGAAAAUUCUCGUUUACCGGACUUGGUACUACUACUGCUGCUCCCACUCAAGGAAUGUUUGGUGCUCCUGCUCCUGCAGUGCCCUCAUUUGGAGGCGGUGGAAUGUUUGGAUCAACUGCUGCGACUAAUCCAGCUACUACAGCUGCAAUCCCCUCAUUUGGAAGUGGUGGAAUGUUUGGAUCGGCUGCCACAACCAAUCCAACUACUACAGCUGCAAUCCCCUCAUUUGGAGGCGGUGGAAUGUUUGGAUCAACUGCUGCGACUAAUCCAGCUACCGCAGCUGCAAUCCCCUCAUUUGGAGGCGGUGGAAUGUUUGGAUCGGCUGCCACAACCAAUCCAACUACUACAGCUGCAAUCCCCUCAUUUGGAGGCGGUGGAAUGUUUGGAUCAACUGCUGCGACUAAUCCAGCUACCGCAGCUGCAGUGCCCUCAUUUGGAAGUAGUGGAGUGUUUGGAUCAACUGCUGCGACUAAUCCAACUACUACAGCUGCAGUGCCCUCAUUUGGAAGUGGUGGAAUGUUUGGAUCGGCUGUCGCGACUAAUCCAGCUACUACAGCUCCAACAUCAAGCUUAUUUGGUGCUCCUGCUACCACUCAAACAGUGGCAGCCCCUACAAGUGUAUCUGGAUUUGGUAAAUUGGCUACAACUGCUGCUGCACCUAGUUUUUCAUUGGCUCCAGCAAACACUACUAUAUCUGGUGUUACUACUGCAUCAACCAACGCACCCGCUUUUGGUGGAGUAAAAAUGCCUGCGUUUAACCCUGAAGUCAAGUCCGUGUCCACUACCAUUGCACCUACUACUACCACUCCUGCAACCGCUGCUUUGACUACUGGCACAACUACAGAAAAGCCAGCUGGAGCAACUACCACAUCUUUGGCUGCAGGAGGCAUACCACUACUAAAGAAUAAAACUCUGGAAGAUAUUUUGAACAAGUGGAAUACAGAUUUAGAAUCAUAUACUCAGAAUUUUCGAAGUCAGGCGACAGAAUUGCAAAAAUGGGAUCGAAUCAUUCUUGAAAAUGGGGCAACUAUCUCGAUGCUGUAUAACGAGCUUCAAGUGACUGAAACCGCACAAAAGGAAAUUGACCAGAAUCUUGAAUAUAUCGAGGCACAACAAAACGAACUCGAUGCGACGUUGGACAACUAUCAAGCGCAGAUAUUAGCUUUGUCUCAAAACGAUGCACAGGCUGCACACUUCAGAACAACACCAGCAGAUGAAGAGCGAGAAAAGGCGUAUACCUUGGCAGAGAAUCUCAAUAAGCAGCUAGACGAUAUGUCACUGCAAUUGGGAGUAAUCAUUGAUGACAUGAAUCAAUCACGCAAUGCAUCAAUGCCCUCCACUAUGUAUGGAGGCGGAUUGACGGCAGGUCAAAGCGAAGGUAAUAAGCAGCCUAUUGCAUUUGAAGAAGAUAAUCCUAUUGGGGCGAUUGUACGAAUUUUGAAUGAUCAUUUGGCGUCAUUGGAGUGGAUUGACAAGACAAGCACCGAGUUGGCAGGAAGAGUGGUUGAGUUAAAGCGAGUAAGUGGAGAAGUAAAUGCACAGGCAGAGCGAGUUCAUCGUAAUGGGAUAGGCAAGAGUGGGUAUGGAAUGAUAUUAGGCACGCCAGGACAUUGAUGAUCUUUGAAAUAAAUUGGAUUGAGGAAUUGAGA